GACAGUUUUCCGGCUCGCCUUGCGAAGAUAAGAAUGAUAUAUGUGAUCAUCGUCUCUAUUCUUUCAGUAGCAGCAGCAAACUUCGAUCAUCCUGGCAGGCCAACUAUAGAUGACUUCAAAGAGUUUUAUCAAGUAGGCCAAAUAACUUAUUUAGUGAAGAGGACCUAUCUUUCUAAAGUUAACGGCGACCAAGAUCCUAAAUGCAUUUACAACAAAGUGCACAAUUUGACUAACAAUCUCCUAAAGAUGUACCAAAGUUAUACAUAUGAUGCUCCUGGGUACAGUUCGGUGUCGUUAAGCUACCCAGUAGACGUAAAGUUUUCCAGAGCAACUGGCUAUGAUGUUGCCCCUUUGAUGAAAGCUGAUGGAUCUGUAGUACCUCCAAUGAAAAGAGAGUACCGCUUUCAUUACCAUGACCCCAAAGCCCAUUGUGCUGUUCUCACAUUCAAAGACUACUCAGGCACCCUCCGAUGUGAACUCCAUACAUGGAAAGACACGGCAUCAUACAAGCUUUAUGGAAACUGCCAAAACGAAUACGACUACCAGUGCCCUGGACGCAAAAGUUACAGCAUCUAUUUGACACACUGUCCGAACGCAGUAUGAGUAUCAAUACAAUAAACACUAGAAUAUGAGCAAUCUAAAAUAAACAUGCGUUGUAUUGCACCCAUAUUUUUCUAAUAUUG